GGCGCUCGCCCCGCACCCUAACAUCGCCGGGUACCGCGGUGUCCGGGUGCGGCGGGGGUUCGCGACAACCAUUGUGUUGGACCGGGCGCCGGGCCCGACGCUGUUCGGGUAUGUGGACAAGAGCAACGGCACCUUCGACAAGGAAGCGAUAAUGUCGGGGCUGCGGUCCGCCGUCGCGUUCCUGCACGGCGUCGUCGGCGUGGCGCACAACGACAUCAACCCGCAAAACGUUAUGCUCGGGCCGACGGCAAGCCGCUGCUCGUCGACUUUAACUCGUGUAUGCCUCUCGACACCCCCAUGGGCUUUACAGGCGGCACCGUGGGCUGGAUGGGCGACGGCGACUACUCCAUAUCCAAGGGUGAGUUCUCUCGUUUUCUUGCAUAUCUACCUACCUUGCUCAUCUCAGUUGCUGCCAAAUAUUGGAUGGGGCGGCUUACCAUGGUGUCGACACACCGGCUUACCAUGUCGACGCACCGGCUCUAUCAAAGCAUGAUCACGAUGCCCUCGGGAUCAUCGACAAGUGGCUGGAUAGUAAGAUGGAGGAGUCUACGGAGCAAUUUCGCAAAAGAAAGGCUGAUGAUCAAGGAUUGCACGUUGGUUGAGACUUGAGAGGUAUCAGCCACCAGCUAGUCUACGGCGGGAAUUUUCGUUUAAAUGCAUCAAGCAGGUGCCUCGGUUCUAGACGUGGCGACCCAACAAAGAAAUCGCCCCACAACGAAAUCUCUGCCCCUGUCAUCUAAUUUCCCGCCCUUCAACUUCAAC